CUGCGUGUCGAGUCCUGCUCCGCGCUCCGCUCUGCGCACUCACAUGUCGCCGUGGCGCAGUGAUCCACUCCGCACCGCGUCUCCUCCCGCUGCGGGACCCCUUCUGCUGCCGCCCGGGCUUCCACGGGACAUGUACGUGUAUUUAAAGACCGGCUCUCAUCGCCCCCUAGCGCGCAGCCCGGACACGACAGGAAGGGAUUUUUGGAAGGAAAAUUCUCAAACCACAGGAAAUCCUAUUUGAUAGCAUUAAAAGGGGAAACUCUUUCCUCUGCGUAGAGCAGCUGGGGGCCUCUGACUUUUCCCGAUUUUUUAGAUAAAUUACCAAAGGAAGAAUGCCCACCCAGAGGACUAUAUGACACCUUGGAUUUAAUCGUGACAUACAAUAAUAAGGGAGAGAAAGGAAGAAGAACAAAACAAAAUGACUACAGAGUCUUUCCAUGCUGCCUAUGCCGUUGUGGCCCCUUCCGCCAUCACCAUGUCCCCCUCCACAGGAAACCUGCUUCGCAUGUUCCGCUCCUACCACAACAACACGGUCAUCCUGGAACACUACAACUUCACGGGGAAGCUGGACGCCAAAGACUACAAAGAAGGCCUCAAACCCCAGGACAUCGCCUUCCUGCUGGUCUGCCUGUUUAUUGUCGCCGAGAACGCCGUGGUGCUUCUGGCCAUCUGGAAGAACAAGAAGUUCCACCUGCCCAUGUACUACUUGCUGGGCAACUUGACUCUCUCGGACCUGCUGGCAGGCUUCACCUACAUGGUGAACAUCCUGACGUCCGGCGCCACCACCAUGCUAUUGACCCCCGUGCUGUGGUUCCUGCGGGAGGGCGGCGUGUUCAUCAUGCUCGCCGCCUCGGUCAUCAGCCUGCUGGCCAUCGCCAUAGAGCGCCACGUCACCAUGGUGAGGAUGAAGCCGUACCAGGGAGACAAGCAGGGCCGGAUGUUUGCGCUGAUCGGGGCCAGCUGGGUGCUGUCCGUGUUCCUGGGCGUCCUGCCCGUCCUGGGCUGGAACUGCAUGGGACGCCUGGACCAGUGCUCCACGGUGCUCCCGCUCUUCUCCAAGAGCUACAUCCUCUUCUGCAUCACCGUGUUCAGCGCCAUCCUCAUGUCCAUCGUGGUGCUGUACGUCCGCAUCUUCCGCAUCGUCAAGUUCAACACCCAGCGGCUGGCCUCGGUGCCGCAGCGCAAGGGCCUCUACCGCAAGUCCCAGAAGUACAUGGCCCUGCUGAAGACGGUCACCAUAGUCCUGGGGGUCUUCAUCGCCUGCUGGCUGCCCCUGUUCAUCCUCCUGCUGCUGGACUUCCACUGCCCGGCCAAAAGCUGCUCGGUGCUCUUCAAAGCGGACUAUUUCCUGGUCAUCGCCAUGCUCAACUCCCUGCUCAACCCCAUCAUCUACACCCUGACCAGCAAGGACAUGAGGAGGGCCAUCCUCAGGCUGCUCUGCAGACACUGCCUGCUGACCAAGGACGGGCAGGUGAAGAAGAUCGGGAUACCCUUCCUGGAGUGCAGCACCAGCAAGACCGACGUGGCGUCCCACAGACUGGAGGGGCUGGAGACGACAGUGUCCUCCGGGAACUUAACGCCCUCCACAAUCAAGGCCAUUUACCCCAGGAUGUCUAAGACAUGACCGAGCGGAUCGGACGUUCGGGCUGAGGCUUCCCUCUAGAGUCGUGCUCCAGGCGAGUGACAGACUUUGGUUUUGCACUCUGCCAGAGUUUGGGUUGUAAGCUGAAUAAGCUGUAAGCUGUGAGCGUGAUUGAAGUCAAGGUUUUGGGAGAAAGACUAUAAUGUAAAAAAAAAGAAACGCCAACGGCUAAAUAGCAGCUUGCGGUUUCUUGUGGAAAACUAGCAGUACUUUAUUUUUUAGUCAGUAUUUAUCAGAGGAUUUUCCUUCUGGAAGACAUUUCGUUUUUGUCAGUGUCAGUUUUCCCACAUGAAAUGAAAUCAAAGGCUGGUGUGCAGACGUUCCACAUGAAUACCAGCCAAUCAAGCUGCACAUCUGACAGUCUGCGGCCAGAGCCCGGGCGGGAGGUUCACCCUUAUCUCCUCUCCCCCCGCGCGGCGUGUUUAAUGAUACGUUGUUACGAACACGCCCAAAAUCUGCUGUGCCAAACCCAUGUAAUUUUUGCCAUGUGAGUUUUGGUCAGCAGCAGUGCCGUGUGGUGCCUCCCCCCCUCCCCUUGGCCCCAGAUCAGAGGCUCGGCGCCCCUCGGGGACGUCAUGCUGAGGGGCCGGGGGGGAGCUUUGGAGGUUGCCCGAUCAACACAUGCAGCGACACACAGCGAAGGACUAGGAGGCCAUGAGGCUGAACUUGGGAGGCCCGGUGAGGACCUUCUGGGUCUCACAGUGCAGAACAUGGGGCGAUCUGCUGCAAACACAAACAUUGCAUUUUCCUCGCUGGAAAACGUCCAACCGUGAUAUGGAUCGGUUUCUUUCGAGUUGAGAUACAAUCGUCUUCCACACAACAGCGAUCCGUAUAAGGCUGCAUGGUGCCGUCUGGGGAAUUCCAUUGUGGUCACGUAAGAUUAGAAUAGAUUAUUUUCCGAUUGUAAUAUUGUACAUACAUGUAAAGAAAAAUACAUCUAUUUACAGAUUUCUGUAUAAUUUGUAAAUAUAUAUAUAUAUAUAUAUGUAUAGCCUUUUCUGAGCUUAACAGAGCUGUUUUGUAUUGUAAAAACCUUACUUAAGUUAAAAUGUCACUUUGGUUUUUAAAUGUGCACUGAAUAAAGCGUGUAAAUGAAGUUUC